AUGGAGAUCGCCAUGACCUAUGCAGAGCUUCAGAAGAAUUCCCUAGAGCGAGACAGGCCCAGGCCGUCGUACGAUUUAACUACCCAGACUGGACGAGAAACGGUGUACAAUUUACAGAUAACUACAGUAGAAGUUGUUUGUAACUUAUCUAGUCAGCCAAAGGGGGGCGAGAAGGUGUACGAGACCAAGUGGUCUGAUGGGGAGGGUUGGACCACAUGCGGCUGUCCCGACGGCUUCGUCGAAGAUGACUGUCUCUGCGUACCAGGAAGAAAUCCAGACAACAAAAAUGACACACAAAGUGAAGACAAAGAUGGCCAACAAAAUAAAGACAAGGAUGACCAAAAAAAUAAAGACAAAGAUGACCAACAAAAUACAGACAAGAAUGAUCAACAAAAUACAGACAAGAAUGAUCAACAAAAUACAGACAAGAAUGAUCAACAAAAUAAAGACAAAGAUGACCAACAAAAUAAAGACAAAGAUGACCAAGAAAACAAAGACAAGAAUGAUCAACAAAAUACAGACAAGAAUGAUCAACAAAAUACAGACAAGAAUGAUCAACAAAAUACAGACAAGAAUUAUCAACAAAAUACAGACAAGAAUGAUCAACAAAAUACAGACAAGAAUGAUCAACAAAAUACAGACAAGGAUGACCAACAAAAAAAAGAUACUUGUGAUCCUGGUGACCCUAGCUGCCCUCCUCGAGUCGUGAUAAUGCCAAUCUUCACCGUCGAGAAUGUGGACCCGGACAGAUUGAACGAGGCUCAGAUGAUGGCUUGGCCUAAAGAUCUAGAACAACAAAAACAACAGUUAAGACGAAUAAUCAAGAAUCGUAUUCAAAAUGUUAGGGACCGAUACUUUAAAGACUAUGUAGUUCUUGAACCAGGAACCAGAUUUUCUAACGGGGGACCAAUAGACGAAGAUAAUUUCGUACUAUCUAGAAAUCACCCAAAUUAUAUGCCUAACAUGAAUCGCAAAGGACUAAAUAAUUUUGGCACUAAUACAAAAACAACGAACAUAGAAAUAAAAGACAGAAGAGAUUUUUCUGAUUUAGAUCAGCUAGUAUCGGAAUAUUUGUUGAACUUGCACGAUGACGAAGCUAUGGAUUCCACAGCUGAUAUGACAGAUAAAGCAGUCCAUCAUAUGAGAGAGAAUAAUAUCAACGGCAAACAAGCGAAUACUCAACAUUAUCGUAAUCCAAGUACGCCAAACUUACAGGACGAUACACAAGGUUAUAGAAAAGCCAUUAGUAAUUUUGAUUAUGCUAUCGAAGAUCAUUUAAAUACUGGCUAUGAACCGAGAACCAUGGAUCAAAGAAACAUUUAUCCAGACAGAGAACAAAACCCAUUGAAUAUCCAAGCAGUCGACACAAAUAAUUAUGGUUAUCAGUUAUAUUCUGAAAAUAACCAAGGAUACGGCAAUGUUGAUCCACAAUAUGUUGUCGAAGACUAUACUGGAUUUCAAAAUGACGAGAAAUCUGAUGAACAAGGCCGCGGACAAAACAGGCAGCUUAUUUAUAAUGCGAAUGAAAUAACGCAUUAUUACUUAGACAGAUUGAACGAAGACACUAACGCUGGGCAACGACUGGACACUGAAACACUCAAUGGAUACAGAGUAGAUACAGACACCGACACUAAACACAGACACGAGCACAGGCGGCCUUUGUACCUUGAUGAAAAGUCCAGCGAGUUUCAGCGCCACACCCAAAACGAUGGCGGCGUGAUGAAGGAUCAUAAGCCACGUUACUUCGUUCCUGAUCGAGCGAGCCUCCAGCAUGGAUAA